GUUACCGCUUCGUUCACAGUUGCCGCGAAAUAAUACGAAUACGAUUUUUUUAUCGAAUUUGCGGUUAUGAAAACUUUUACAGUAAUACGGAUAAUAUUUAGAAGAAAUUAAAAUGAGACCGCUGAACAAAUUCUCUGGCGUUUGCAGUCUGUUUGUGUGUUUGGCACAAAUGACAGCAAGCGGUAUGGCGGGAACGCAGUUCUCUUCGCACGUGAGCGUCAGUACGCCGUCUAGAAGCUUCUCGCAUGGCGUCGGCGAUCCAUUGCAAGUGCCACCGGCACAACUCAAGUCAAAGUAUAGAAACUUUAGAAGACCGGCAUUUUCUGAAGACUUCGGAUAUCCGAGAGUGAAACCGGCAAUACCAUUUGUUCAUGAAGACAUAAUCCGUCCCAACAACGGCUAUAGUGCAUCACGACAUAACUUCUUUGAUGCACCAAUACCCGUAUUGCCGCCGUCGCCAUACAAAGUUGAUUCCCCGGACCCGGAAUCCCUAUGGCCGGAAGGCCUAUUCGUGCCACCAUUGACCCCACCCCGCUUUGGAUUACGAAGGGUUGACGCCCAUAAUUUACUCGAUCCAUACUUAUUAGAUGGCUCGGAAGCUGUCGCCGCAGUGAGGAGGGCGGACCAUCAUGGCCAUUACUUCUUCCACGAUAUACCUCACAUAGAAUCGUUACUCGCGAACCAAGACCUCAGAGUGAAGAACAACUUGAAGCCACAUCGAAUCGGAAGCAUUCGCCGCACUCAGUAA